AUCCAAGCGGAGGAAUGGGCAAUAUAGGCGUGGGCGGCUCGGGUGGUCAACAGUAUGGAGAAGUCAACCAGUUGGGCGGAGUGUUUGUCAAUGGAAGACCUCUGCCCAAUGCUGUGAGAUUACGGAUUGUGGAACUAGCGCAACUUGGAAUCAGGCCUUGCGACAUUAGCAGACAGCUGAGGGUCUCGCACGGAUGCGUAUCCAAAAUACUGGCCAGAUACCACGAGACCGGGUCCAUACUCCCCGGUGCUAUCGGAGGAUCCAAGCCGCGGGUCACUACUCCGAAGGUGGUUUCGUACAUAAAGCAGUUGAAAGCGAAAGACCCUGGUAUAUUUGCGUGGGAGAUCCGAGACCGGCUGUUAGCUGACGGGGUUUGUGACAAGUACAAUGUGCCCUCAGUGUCGUCUAUAUCGAGGAUAUUGCGGAACAAGCUAGGCGGUGGGGCCUUGUACCCGGUACCGCCGCUGUACCCUGUACCGCCUCAGAGAUGCUGGCCAUUGCACCAACCAUACGACUACUAUGUCUAUUUGCAGGGCAGACAGCACGGCGGCGGAGGAGCUCACCUAGCCCCGCACCAGCAGCCUCCGCACCACGCCCACGCACACGCGCUCUGACGCUACGCGACUACUGCACUCAUGUGACAGUGACAAUGACAUUAUCUCAUAGUGACAAGUGUGAACUAAAUCCGCGACUUUAGACUCCGUGACAAUGUUUGUUAGCCGUGUGAUCGUGGGUGAUGAAGCGCCUUGACUGACAUUCCACUCGGCUUGGAGCGGUGGUCAGCUUCUCUCUCUCUCUCUCUACGUAGCUCUCUUACAGUCAGUGGAGAGAAACGCAGCGAGUAGUGCUAUAAAAACCUCAAAAUAAAUUGUUUAGUCGCGAUUGAGUCAUUCGUUGGAAUGGCCAGAAUUAUAAUAUUUAUACUAUGUAUUUCUUAGAGACUGCGUGCCCGCAGUGAGCGGUAAUAUAACCUCUAAUUUAUUAAGUUGUAAAUGCUAGAUAAACGAGAAAGUAUUAUGUAAAUAUAAGUCAUAUAAGCUGUAAGAUAAUAAUUUAUUGAUAAGGAAAAUAUAUAUUCAUUUUUGGGUCGGUAAGUAGCGCCAAGUGACCGGUGAUGUCAGCCGUGACUCCUCGCAAGAUAUUGCGUGCCAGCUGACGGAUCCCUUGAUGAAGAGCUGUCUAUUUGUGGUACAGUACCAACUAAUAUAUAGAUCAUGAAUGAUAAACAAAAUGUAGCUUAAAACUCAGUUACAUAAAUAGAUACGGGGCGAACUUUUUUUUUAUUGCUUGGAUGGGUGGACAAGCUCACAGCUCACCUGUUGUUAAGUGGUAACUGGAGCCCAUAGACAUCUACAA